AGACUCAGUGGCUUCUUGGCUACUGCUCUCUUGAGCACUCGGUCCAUCGCACAGACUUGUUUGUCAUACGGUGUUGACUUCCAAACCAACGGAGACUACUUCCAAAACAUCAGCUCAACAGAUCCGUUCACCUUCGCCUCGCUCUUCGAAGGAUGUAGUAGCGAUGUUGCCAACAACAUUCUCGUCGAUCCCAAUGGAGAUGAAUACCAAUGCACUGAUACUCCUCUCCAACCCGAUGAUAUCAUUCAACUCUCGACAUGUCCUAUGGACAAGGAUCAACUCUGGACUGGUGACUGGUCUGUCUUGGUCAUCUCGAACAAUGGAGAUGCGGAUCCCAUUGCCUACGAGCGUGAUUUCUACCUUAGUGUUGGUAUCCCGUCCACCACAACCUACACACCUACGGUGACCAUC